UUAAUAUUUUAUUAUUAGUAGGGUUGGCAACCAGUGCCGACCCUACAAUCGAUGUGAAUACCACAUCGGGUGUCGUUCGCGGAACGACCAUCAAAAUGCUGGACAAACCUAUUGACCAGUUUAUGGGCAUACCGUUUGCCGAACCACCAGUCGGCCAGCUUCGAUUUUCCAAACCGGUGGCCAUCCGAGAACCAUCAAAAAAAAUUAUCGAUGCUACUAUUGUUAAAAACUCAUGUCUGCAAAAUGAUGGCACACAUAUACUGCUAGUCAACGAGGACUGUCUAUUUUUGAACAUUUGGGCACCAAAUCAGGCAUCAAAUGACUCAGUGGCAAACAAACCGUUGAAAAAAGUAAUGUUUUGGAUAUACGGCGGUUCGCUGACCAGUGGCUCAAUAUUUUUGCCCGUAUACUAUGGCGAAGCGUUGGCCGCUCACGAUGUAGUGGUGGUGACCACCAACUAUAGGCUGGGCGCUUUCGGUUUCCUAUACGGUGGCGACGGAUCGGCACCGGGCGAUGUCGGCUUUCACGACCAGCUAAUGGCUUUGCAGUGGACUCGGGACAACAUCGAACGAUUCGGAGGCGAUCCCAAUGAGAUCACCAUUUUUGGUGAAUCGGCCGGCAGUUGGUCAGUAUCGGCACACGUACUGUCGCCACUGUCUAAGGGUCUUUUCAAGAGAGCUAUACUGGAAUCGGGUGCCAUAUUUAUGGACAAAGACGAAGAAGUAUUGAGCAAAGAUAAGGCACUCAAAGAGGCCAAACUGAUGGCCAGCAAAUUGAACUGUACGGACGAUAAACAGUGGUUACAAUGUCUGAGGAAAGUCGAUGCACAGGCAAUACUCAUGUAUUCAUCGUUGGAUAUCUUUCCGAUGUAUGGCACCGAAUAUUUGCCUAUCAGUGCCCAACAGGCAUUCAAAACUGGCAAUUAUAACACAGAAAUCGAUAUAAUGGCCGGUGUUAUGCACGACGAGGGCUCACUACUGGCCCAUCAUUUGUACCCACAAUCGGACAAAUUGCGUAAUCAACAAGACUUUUCAGAUAUGAUUAAACAGGUGACACUCAUACCUGGACUGGACCCGAAAAAAUUGACCAGUUUUUAUUUGGCUGGUGUCGACACCAAUGUUACCGGUGCCGUUACCCAUGCAUUUUGGCAACUUUUCGGCGAUCACGUUAUCACUUGUCCGACCUAUUUGUUUGCCAAACAGUUUGCUCAGCACACACCUAAACGAAACGUUAUGUUCUAUCAGUGGACCUACUAUUCAGAAAGUUAUAGUUCACUGUUUGGCUGCACAAAGGAAAUGGGUGUCUGUCAUGCAAUGGACAUACCGUUUGUUUUUGGACUGCCAGUCAUCAUGCAUGGCGAGGAACAGGCAUUCAGCGAACAGGUGAUGAAAAUGUGGACCAAUUUUGCUAAAAAUGGUAAUCCUAUGGAAGGCACGGGUCAUCAGUGGCCCCGACUUAUCCAGACUACCGGUGCUGCCGAUGGUGUGGAUCCGGUGUCCAAAAUCAAAGAAAUUAAUCCAACAAAAGAUGAUCACAUUAUUGAAAAUCUUUUUGCCAAAACAUGUGAUGGGUUUUUGCGAUCAUAUUUUUUGAAUGAAUAACAAUUACUAGUAUACUAUUGAUAACUAAAAAAUAAAAUAAAUCUUAAUUAUAUGUACAAAAUAAAAACAAUAUUAAUUAAUUA